AUGGCCGCCCCUGGUAUUAAAGCCUUUGGUCCUAAUCUUCACUCCCAAGAUGCAGACACCGAGAAAUGGACGGCAGUCUUCAACCGAAGAGUUGUUGUUACCACCAGGGGCCGGGAAACUAACACGCUGGCGUGUACCAAGUCUGCCCAGGCUCAGGAAUGGAGUGGUAUCUGGCGACAUGAUGGGAAUUGA